CUCCAUCUCUUCUCUUUAAUUCCUCCCACUCCCGCCGACCUCCAUCCUCUGUCCAUCCCAGCGAGGAGGUGUGUAAACAUGGCUUCACGGUCAUUGUUGACAUGCGUGGCUCCAAGUGGGACAGCAUCAAGCCUCUGCUGAAGAUCCUGCAGGAGUCGUUCCCGUCCUGCAUCCACGUCGCGCUCAUCAUCAAACCGGACAACUUCUGGCAGAAGCAGAGGACCAACUUCGGCAGCUCCAAGUUUGAAUUCGAGACCACCAUGGUGUCACUCGAAGGCUUGACGAAAGUGGUGGACCCCUCUCAGCUGACAGCAGACUUUGACGGCAGCCUGGACUACAACCACGAAGAGUGGAUAGAGGUGCGUGUAGCGUUUGAGGAUUUCUCUGGCCAUGCCACCCAGAUGCUGGCUCGAUUAGAAGAGAUGCAGGAAACCGUGUCAAGGAAAGACUUUCCCCAAGACCUGGAAGGAGCCAGACGGAUGAUAGAAGAGCACGCCACACUGAAGAAGAAAGUCAUUAAAGCUCCUAUAGAGGAACUGGACACUGAAGGGCAAAGAUUGCUGCAGCGCAUUCAGAGCAGCGAGUCUUUCUCCAACCGCAAUGGCAGCAGCGGCGGCAGCAGCAGUAGCGGCAGCGGAGUGUGCAACGCGGACACCCAAGGCCUGGUGCCGCGCAUCACCCAGCUGCUGGACAAGCUGCACUCCACCCGGCAGCACCUCCACCAGGCGUGGCACGUCCGCAAGCUCCAACUGGAUCAGUGUUUCCAGCUGCGCCUGUUCGAGCAGGAUGCAGAGAAGAUGUUCGACUGGAUCAUGCACAACAAGGGUUUGUUCCUGGCAGGCUACACAGAGAUCGGCAACAACCACCCCCAUGCUGUGGAGCUGCAAACCCAGCACAGCCACUUCGCCAUGAACUGCAUGAACGUGUACGUCAACAUCAACCGGAUCAUGUCCGUGGGGAACCGGCUGCUGGAGUCGGGUCACUACGCUUCCCAGCAGAUCAAGCAGAUCUCAAGUCAGUUGGAGCAGGAGUGGAAGGCAUUCGCCGCCGCAUUGGACGAACGUAGCACGCUGUUAGAGAUGUCGGCCGGUUUCCAUCAGAAAUGUGACCAGUACAUGAGUAAUGUGGACUCCUGGUGUAAGGCAUGUGGCGAGGUGGACUUGCCUUCUGAGUUACAAGACCUCGAAGAUGCCAUCCACCAUCACCAAGGCCUGUACGAGCACAUCACAGCUGCUUACUCGGAGGUGAGUCAAGAUGGCAAAGCUCUGCUGGACAAGCUGCAGCGACCUUUGACCCCAGGCAGUGCCGAUUCACUGACGGCAACGGCAAACUACUCUAAGGCAGUGCACCACGUCCUGGACAUCAUCCACGAGGUGCUGCAUCACCAGAGACAGCUGGAAAACAUCUGGCAGCACCGUAAAGUGCGUCUACACCAGCGCCUGCAGCUCUGCGUGUUUCAGCAGGACGUCCAGCAGGUUUUGGACUGGAUAGAAAACCAUGGCGAGGCCUUCCUCAGCAAACACACAGGGGUGGGAAAGUCUCUCCACCGAGCCAGAGCUCUCCAGAAACGCCAUGAAGACUUUGAGGAAGUGGCACAGAAUACGUACACCAAUGCAGACAAGCUGCUGGAGGCGGCCGAGCAGCUGGCCCAGACAGGAGAGUGCGACCCAGAGGAGAUCUACCAGGCCGCCCACCAGCUGGAAGACAGGAUUCAAGACUUUGUUCGCCGCGUGGAGCAGCGCAAAGUCCUGUUGGACAUGUCUGUCGCCUUCCACACGCACGUCAAAGAGUUGUGGACAUGGCUGGAGGAGCUCCAGAAGGAGCUGCUGGACGACGUUUAUGCCGAGUCUGUGGAGGCCGUCCAGGAUCUGAUCAAGCGCUUCGGCCAGCAGCAGCAGACCACGCUGCAGGUCACCGUCAACGUCAUCAAGGAGGGAGAGGACCUCAUCCAGCAGCUCAGGGACUCCGCCAUCUCCAGCAACAAGACGCCCCACAACAGCUCCAUCAACCACAUCGAGAGCGUCCUCCAGCAGCUGGAUGAAGCCCAGGCACAGAUGGAGGAGCUCUUCCAGGAGAGGAAGAUCAAACUGGAGCUCUUCCUGCAGCUCCGCAUCUUUGAGAGGGAUGCCAUCGAUAUCAUCUCUGACCUGGAGUCGUGGAACGAGGAGCUGACAGGUCAGAUGAAUGACUUUGACACGGAGGACCUGACGCUGGCCGAGCAGAGGCUCCAGCACCACGCUGACAAGGCCUUGACCAUGAACAACCUCACCUUCGAUGUGAUCCACCAGGGCCAGGAGCUGCUGCAGUAUGUCAACGAAGUCCAGGCCUCCGGUGUGGAGCUGCUGUGCGAUCGGGAUGUGGACAUGGCCACGCGGGUUCAGGACUUGCUGGAGUUCCUUCACGAAAAGCAGCAAGAGCUCGAUUUAGCAGCUGAGCAGCACCGCAGACACCUGGAGCAGUGUGUCCAGCUGAGACACCUGCAGGCAGAAGUCAAGCAGGUCCUGGGUUGGAUUCGUAAUGGCGAGUCGAUGCUAAACGCUGGUCUGAUAACAGCCAGCUCCCUGCAGGAAGCUGAGCAGCUGCAGAGGGAACACGAACAAUUUCAGCAUGCUAUUGAGAAAACACACCAGAGUGCCCUGCAGGUUCAGCAGAAAGCCGAGGCUCUGCUUCAGGCCAACCACUACGACAUGGACCUGAUCAGAGACUGUGCCGAGAGCGUGGCUUCACACUGGCAACAGCUCAUGCUGAAGAUGGAGGACCGACUCAAGCUCGUCAAUGCCUCCGUCGCCUUCUACAAGACCUCUGAACAGGUGUGCAGCGUGUUGGAGAGCUUGGAGCAAGAGUACAAGAGAGAGGAGGACUGGUGUGGAGGAGCUGACAAACUGGGACCCAACUGUGAAACGGACCACGUCACCCCCAUGAUCAGCAAGCACCUGGAGCAGAAGGAGGCCUUCCUAAAAGCGUGCACACUGGCGAGGAGAAAUGCGGAUGUCUUCCUCAAGUACAUGCACAGGAACAGUGUUAACAUGCCCGGGAUGCUGAGCCACGUCAAAGCACCAGAACAGCAGGUCAAAAACAUCCUUAAUGAGCUACUGCAAAGAGAGAACCGCGUCCUCCACUUCUGGACGAUGAAGAAACGCAGGCUGGAUCAGUGCCAGCAGUACGUGGUGUUUGAACGGAGCGCCAAACAGGCUCUGGAGUGGAUUCACGACACCGGGGAGUUUUACCUGUCCACACACACAUCCACAGGCUCGAGUAUCCACCACACGCAGGAGCUGCUGAAAGAACAUGAGGAAUUCCACAUCACAGCCAAGCAAACUAAGGAGCGUGUUAAGCUGCUGAUCCAGCUGGCCGAUGGUUUCUGCGAGAAAGGCCACAGUCAUGCAGGGGAGAUCAAAAAAUGGGUGACAGCUGUGGACAAGCGCUAUCGAGACUUUUCGCUGCGCAUGGACAAGUACCGCUGCAGUCUGGAGAAAGCUCUGGGCAUCUCCUCCGACUCCAACAAGGCGAGCAAGGAUCUCCAGUUAGACAUCAUCCCAGCCACGGCUCCAGGGUCAGAGGUCAAGCUGAGGGAUGCUGCUGCCCAUGAGCUGAAUGAGGAGAAACGUAAAUCUGCACGCAGAAAGGAGUUCAUCAUGGCAGAGCUGAUUCAGACAGAGAAAGCCUACGUGCGAGACCUGCGGGAGUGCAUGGAUACCUACCUGUGGGAGAUGACCAGUGGAGUGGAGGAGAUUCCUCCAGGGAUCCUCAACAAGGAGCACAUCAUCUUUGGAAACAUGCAAGACCUUUAUGAAUUCCACCAUAACAUCUUCCUCAAAGAGUUGGAGAAAUAUGAGCAGCUACCAGAGGAUGUUGGGCAUUGCUUCGUCACAUGGGCUGAUAAGUUCCAGAUGUACGUGAACUACUGUAAGAACAAGCCGGACUCCACCCAGCUCAUACUGGAGCAUGCUGGCAACUACUUUGAUGAAAUUCAACAGAGGCACCGACUGGCCAACUCCAUCUCAUCCUAUCUGAUCAAGCCAGUGCAGAGAAUCACCAAGUAUCAGCUCCUGCUGAAGGAGUUGUUGACGUGCUGCGAAGAAGGAAAAGGAGAGAUCAAGGACGGCCUGGAGGUGAUGCUCAGUGUUCCCAAGAAAGCCAACGAUGCCAUGCACCUCUCAAUGCUGGAAGGUUUCGAUGAAAACAUCGAGUCGCAGGGUGAGCUCAUUCUCCAGGAUUCGUUCCAGGUCUGGGAUCCAAAGACUCUGAUCCGAAAGGGACGAGAGCGCCACCUCUUCCUCUUUGAGAUGUCUCUCGUUUUCAGCAAGGAGGUCAAAGACUCAAAUGGCCGGAGCAAAUACAUCUAUAAGAGCAAACUCUUUACAUCAGAGUUGGGGGUGACUGAACACGUUGAAGGAGACCCCUGUAAGUUUGCUCUAUGGGUGGGACGCACCCCGACCUCUGACAACAAGAUUGUACUCAAGGCAUCCAGCAUUGAGAACAAGCAAGACUGGAUCAAACACAUCAGAGAGGUGAUCCAAGAGCGCACCAUUCACCUGAGAGGAGCACUUAAAGAACCCAUUCAUAUUCCCAAAACAGCCACCACCAAGCACCACAAGGGACGAAGGGAUGGAGAGGACCUGGACAGUCAGGGUGAAGGCAGCAGCCAACCAGACACCAUCUCUCUGGCGUCACGCACCUCUCAGAACACACUGGACAGCGACAAGCUCUCCGGCGGCUGUGAGCUGACUGUGGUCAUACACGACUUUAUGGCCAGCAACAGCAACGAGCUGACGGUGCGGCGGGGUCAGACUGUGGAGGUUCUGGAGCGCUGUCACGACAAACCAGACUGGUGCCUGGUCAGGACCACAGACCGCUCUCCUGCCCAGGAGGGCCUGGUGCCCUGCUCUAUGCUCUGCAUCGCCCAUUCCAGGUCCUCCAUGGAGAUGGAAGGCAUCUUCAAUCACAAAGACACACUGUCAGUGUGCAGCAAUGACUCCAUCAUGCCAGGUUCCUCUGCUACGCUGCAGCCCGGUCACGGCAUCGGCUCCCACACCUCCCCGGGUCCUAAACGACCAGGUAACACGCUACGAAAGUGGCUGACCAGCCCGGUGCGACGGCUAAGCAGCGGUAAGGCAGAUGGCCACGUGAAGAAGCUGGCCCACAAGCACAAGAAGAGCCGUGAGGUGAGGAAGAGCGGAGAGAUGACGAUAGGCUCUCAGAAAGACUCGGACGACAGUGCUGCUACGCCUCAGGAUGAAACUUUGGAGGAGAGGGUUCGUAACGAGGGCCUAUCGAGCGGUACGCUGUCCAAGUCCAGUUCUUCGGGAAUGCAGAGCUGCGGAGAGGAGGAGGGCGAGGAGGGUGCAGACUCAGUACCUCUGCCUCCACCUAUGGCCAUCCAGCAGCAUAGCUUGCUGCAGCCAGACUCACAGGAUGACAAGACCUCUUCUCGUCUGUCGGUCCGCCCGUCCAGUUCAGAAACGCCCAGUGCCGCUGAGCUGGUGAGCGCCAUCGAGGAGCUAGUCAAAAGCAAGAUGGCUCUGGAGGACAGACCCAGCUCUCUGUCUGUAGAACAAGGAGACAGCAGCUCUCCCUCUUUCAACCCCUCUGACAACUCCCUCCUCUCCUCUUCCUCCCCCAUUGAAGAAAUGGACGAACGCAGGGCCAGCAUCCUCAAAAAAAGACAUUUCAUUCUGCUGGAGUUGGUGGAGACGGAGAGAGAUUACGUCAGAGACCUCGGCCUGGUGGUGGAGGGCUACAUGAGCAGAAUGAAGGAGGAGGGUGUCCCUGAUGAUAUGAAGGGAAAAGACAAAAUUGUGUUUGGCAACAUCCAUCAGAUCUACGACUGGCACAAAGAUUUCUUCCUCAGGGAGUUGGAGAAGUGUUUGGAGGACCCUGACAGACUGGGACCACUCUUCCUCAAACAGGAACGGAGACUAAACAUGUACGUAGUGUACUGUCAGAACAAGCCCAAGUCAGAGCACAUCGUGUCCGAGUAUAUCGACACCUACUUUGAGGACCUGAAGCAGCGGCUGGGACACAGACUGCAGAUCACAGACCUGCUCAUCAAGCCAGUCCAGAGGAUCAUGAAGUACCAGCUGCUGCUCAAGGAUUUCCUGAAACACUCUAAAAAGGCUGGGCUCGAGUCUCCGGAUUUGGAAAAAGCAGUGGAGGUCAUGUGCAUUGUUCCAAAAAGGUGUAACGAUAUGAUGAAUGUCGGCCGGCUUCAAGGGUUUGAUGGGAAGAUUGUGGCUCAGGGCCGCCUUUUGCUGCAGGACACAUUCAUGGUGUCCGACCCCGACGGCGGUCUGCUCGGCCGGAUGAAGGAGAGGAGGGUUUUCCUGUUUGAGCAGCUUGUCAUCUUCAGUGAGCCUCUGGACAAAAAGAAAGGGUUCUCUCUGCCAGGCUUCCUCUAUAAGAACAGCAUCAAGAAACCACGGCCAGGAGCCGUGUCUCCCAUGGCCUCCCCCAUGGCCACUCCCGCCUUUGGCAAGGACACUCUCCCCCCUCCCCCUCCCAGCCCAGGCCAAAACCAAAAGUCUGGAUCUGGAUUCUGGAGCUCAAUGCCGGGCUCUCCAGCCAGCCGGCCUGGCUCAUUUACCUUUCCGGGAGAGGCGGGAGAGACUCCGGUGCGACAAAGCUCAAAUCAGAGCCAAACCCACAGACACUCCACGCACAGCAAGGAGGCCGACCGCAUGAGUACGUGCUCAUCGGCCAGCGAGCAGUCCAUCCAGUCCACCCAGAGCAACGGGAGUGAAAGUAGCAGCAGCAGUAGCGUAUCCACCAUGUUGGUGACCCAGGACUACACAGCUGUGAAGGAGGAUGAGAUCAGCGUCAUUCAGGGCGAGGUGGUCCAGAUCUUGGCCAGCAACCAGCAAAACAUGUUUCUGGUGUUCAGAGCAUCCACCGAGCAAGGCCCCGCCGCCGAGGGCUGGAUCCCCGGAUUUGUGCUGGGACACACGUCGACCAUUGUCCCCGACUGUCCCGAGGGAUCCAUCAAGAAGUCUUCAUCCUGGCACACGUCCCUGCGUAUUCGCAAGAAGUCUGAGAAAAAGGAGAAGGAGGCAAAGAAGGAGACAAAGCUGGAAAAUGGUUACAGGAAGUCCAGAGAUGGCCUGGCCAAUAAAGUUUCUGUAAAGCUUCUAAACCCAAACUACAUCUAUGAUGUUCCCCCAGAGUUCCUUGUACCUCUGAGUGAUGUGACAUGUGACAACGGAGAGAGCGUCACCCUAAGGUGUAAGGUUUGUGGGCGACCCCGGGCUACAGUCAGCUGGAAAGGGCCCAACCAGAGCAACCUCACUAACAACGGACACUUCAGCAUCGCCUACAGGGCCGACCAAGGCCGUCUGCUGGACUACAUCGUGAGCUGGGGGAAUCUGACCGAGGAGAAGGUGGCCUGCUACUUGAGGAACGUUUUAGAAGCUUUACACUACUUACACAACUGCAGAAUCGCACACUUGGACAUAAAACCUGAGAACCUGCUGGUGUCCCACACCGCCAGCGGCCAGCCAAUAGUCAAGCUCACAGACUUCGGUGAUGCCGUGCAGCUCAACAGCGCCCACUAUGUUCACCCUCUGCUGGGCAGCCCUGAGUUCGCCUCCCCAGAGCUGGUCCUCGGAGAGCCCGUGUCGCUGACCUCUGACCUGUGGAGUCUGGGCGUGGUCACUUACGUGCUGCUGAGCGGCGCCUCCCCCUUUCUCGACGAGAGCGCAGAGGAGACCUGCCUGAACAUCUGCAGGCUGGACUUCAGCUUCCCCAGGGAUUACUUCCAGGGCGUCAGCCAGGCGGCCCGGGACUUCGUCUGCCUGCUUCUGAAGACCGACCCGGGCAGAAGGCCCCCGGCCGGCCUCUCCCUCCAGGAGCCGUGGCUGCAGGCUGGCCAAGGCGACGGCCGGGCAGAGGGCUGCUUGGACACCUCCCGCCUCAUUUCUUUCAUUGACAGGAGAAAACAUCAGACCGAUGCCCGGCCCAUCGGAGGGGUCAGGAGCUUCAUUCACGGUCGCCUUCAGCCUCGGGUUUGAGCAGCUCUCAGCCUCAGCGCUCCGACCACAGCAGGAGACGCUGCUCAGUUUGGGGUCCAGCACUGAGGUGGAAGAGACUCUUUAUGGUCUCGAUGUAAAAAGGAGGAGAAAAAUGAAAGCUGAUCUCAUCCUCUUUCACAGAUUUUUCACUAAAUAAAAUCCUGUUAUCCUUUUAGGUUGUUUAUUUGAAACCUGCUGAGGUCUUCAGCCAAUCAGAGCCCAAGAGAACGGAGUUCUCACCAAUCACAAAUGAAUGGAUGCCCUCGUCUACUGCUGCUUGCUGGUUUCGUCUUUUUGUAGUUAAGUGAACAAAAACAGUUUUAAAAAAACUAUUAUGAAGUAAGUUAUUUUCCUCUGCGCGAGUUGAAGCUGAUCAGAAGAGCCAAUCGAUCGAGCCUCAACGCCACCGCACGGGCGCAGCUCCUUCAGGAGAAACCGAUGCCAACGGAGCUCGCCACAGAGAGCAAAUCGCCCUCCAGGAACAGACGGUGUGUUUUUGUCUUUUACCCUUAAACAGUAACUGGGAUACUUUUGAGAAGCAACCCUUUCUUAUAGAAACAGUGUAUAGAGAGGCACAGUAGUGUCUCUGCGAUUCCAAGGAGGAAAAAAACAAACACAUCAUUGUAGAAAACGCUCAUAAGUUGAAGAUUCGUGUGCUACUCUGGACUCUGCAGACACGCGGAAACCGCGACAGAGCUCAUCAGCUGAGACAUUUAUACAUCAGAGCUUCUCGAUGGCUGCGCUUACAUUAACGUACCCUAAUCUAAUCUAAGAACACCAUGAUGACCAUGUCGUGAGUAACAAAUGCUGCACUGUCCAACCCGAGAAGAACCGAUAGACGUUUGUCUUUUUUUUUUCUUUUUUCUUUUCCUGUGUUGCGCAGAUAUGACAUGUUUAAGCCUUACCUUGUAUAGAGACUUCGGCCUUCUUCCCCCUCACGUUCGCAGUGGACUCGAGACUGUUGGAGCCCUCGGUGGCAGCGCUGAAUGUGGAGGCGGCGGAAGAUGAAUUUACUGUAAAUGCACUCAUUGUAUGUUAUGUUUGAUUAUCAUGUGCAAUGUUGCGGCUUUAACAUUUUAUGCAACUAUUUAUGAAAACAUCUGUUGUAUCUGUAAUAAAUCUAGAGAAAAGCAUG